AUGGCUGAACAACUUCGCCUCUUCACUUCUAUGCGCUUCGACUGGAAUUUAGAGCCAGUGAGAGACAUGAGCAGCCGCAUUUUCGACUGGAACGCCGACAUGCCCUCUCCCUUCUACAUGCUGGACUAUCACCGCGAUCGUAUGCUCAAGGCAGCAGAGCAUUGGGGUUGGACCAGCGCCGUGAAGACGAUCAAGGGAGUCGAUGGGCUAGCCAGGCUGCACAGUUUCUUGAAAGAGACCCUCGAGCAGGAAGGGCGCUGGGAUAACCUCGAGCAACCAUUGCGACUUAAGAUUCUUCUUUCUGAGGAUGGUCAGCUAGCCCUCGAAUCAAAUCCUGUCCCAAAGACAUCUCUGAGCAAUCUCUUCCCCACAGCACUUCCUGCUCCAGACAUUGAAGAGGGCAAUCAAAUGGAGGGAUGGCAAUUGGGCCCCUUGAACCUCGUCCCUGUCUACGACGUCUACGUCGACCAUAACUCCACGCAGGAGUCUGAGCUCACCCACUUCAAGACCACCAAGCGUGAGAUGUACGACCAGGCCCGCGAGCGCGCCUGCCUGAAGCCCACUGAUGUGACAAAGGAGGUCCUCAUUGUCAACAAAGAGACCAGCCUCAUCAUGGAGGGCAGCCUGACAACGCCGUACUUUUGGAGGGGAGGGAGGUGGGUCACGCCGCCCGUGUCUUGGGUUUUAAAGGACAGAGUCUGGGAAGGGUAUGGUGGACAGGACGGUACCACCAGGCGUUGGGCUCUCAAAGCGGGUAUUGCUGAGCUUGAGGACGUGAAGGUUUCUGACCUGGUCGACGACGAGCCUGUAUGGUUGAGCAAUGGGGUGAGGGGGUUUGUUUUUGGUCGAAUACGACUGUCCAAGCCUUGA